AUGCAAGAUAGAGGCGCGUGUCACCGUGGGGAGCGCUCAAGGAACUGGCCGAGUGGCGUGCCGGGGACGAGCACUUGUGGAGAGCCUUGGGGGAAGUGGUCAAGGAGCACGGUCGAGAACCUCUGGAGGGCCGAGGGUGCUGCUAAGUCUUCCCUCUUCGUUAUGGGGCUUCUGGCCACGGCCGCUCUACGCCGGGCCCCGCACCCCGCCUCCCCCCCGCCCAAGAACGGCUGGUGGGGGGUGCCGCCGUGGCUGCAGCGGGGCAGCAAGGGCCUCCCGCGCCACAACUCGGGCCCCAUCCCGCAGGUGGCGCCGUCGGGCCCGGCCUCCUUCCCCGGCUCCCUUCCGGGCACCCUCCCCGGCACCCUGCCCGGGACCCUGCCGGCGAGGACCUCACAGCACCCCUACUACCUGCAGCAGCACAAACAGCAGCAGCUGCUCGACAGUAAGAAGCAGCAGAAGAUUCAGCAGAAGCAGCAGCAGCAGCUCCUCCAGCAGCAGCCCCAUCCCCACGGGGGAGGGUCCCAGGCGGGGUCCCGUCCCCACACCCCCCGUGGACCCCAUGACCCUUACGUCAACAAUGGCCCGGACAACGGUCCCCACUCGCUGCCCUCCACGUGGCCCGGGCCGCUGCACCUCAGGGAACAGCAGCAGCAGCAGCAACAACAGCAGAAGCACAACCACCACAUAGAUCACAGGCUGCAGCCGCAGCUCCGGCCAGAGGAACCCCCGGCCGAGCAGCGGCAGAAGCAGCAUCAGCAGCCUCCGCAGCAGCAGCAUCCGAGCGAUGCCCCUCCCGCUCCCGGAGGAGGCCAGCUGAGGAACCUGGUGAGUGUUCGGCGCCGCGGCCGCCCAGGCUGCCCGCUCGCUGUCGAAACGAGGCGCGGGGAAAGCAUGCAAAUCCCUUCAUAUUCUGGGGAUUCGCUCACAUUUGCCAGAACGUGCAAAUGUGUUCUUUUUAAGGUUCCUUUGUUCAGUAAUGUCAAGAGUGAGAACAUGUAA